AUGUCGUCUUCGACUUUGGGCAGCAGCGAGCUGCCAAAGUCUGGCCUCAGUUACGAUUGGUUUAAGCUCGAGGGUGUAUCAGAACGGGGAGCUGGAGGACGAUUGGUGGUCGCACCGGGCGUACUCACACGGCCGGACUUGGACUUCAAUUGGAACAUAGUAGCAGCGGCAAUGGGCUACCUAGGAGCACGCCCUUCGGUGGACACUCUCGAGGAUGAAGUCGAUCAUUUCUUUCAGCGCUGCAGACAGCGGGGAAAGAAACCUGUUUGUCGUAACAUGGCUUCAAGGAAGAUCAAUGAUUGUGGGUGUAAUGUGACGACCCAAGACACGCAAGUAUUGGAUCAAUGUUCGUUGGAUGAUGCAGCAGCCAAUGCCUGCAAAGAGAUAGAGGCCAAGGAGCGUGCAGCUCUUGCUGCUCGAGUGUUUGAUGACAAGUGCCCGGCGAGAUUGGGUCCGAAGCGACUCCUGACUCAAACGGUUGAGUGGGAGCCCAGCAAGAUCAUCAAGAAAGAACCGGUUAUCAAGCAGGAGCCUUCGCAAAAGGCACCGCAGCAGCCUCCGCCCCAGAAGCCUUUGCAAGAGCCGCCCCAGAAGCCUUUGGAAGAGCCGCCCCAGAAGCCUUUGGAAGAGCCGCCCCAGAAGCCUUUGGUAGAGCCACCGCAGAAGCCUUUGGUAGAGCCACCGCAGAAGCCUUUGGUAGAGCCACCGCAGAAGCCUUUGGAAGAGCCGCCGCAGAAGCCUUUGCAAGAGCCGCCCCAGAAGCCUUCGGUAGAGCCACCGCAGAAGCCUUUGGUAGAGCCGCCUGAGAAGCCUUUGGUAGAGCCACCGCAGAAGCCUUUGGAAGAGCCACCGCAGAAGCCUUUGGAAGAGCCACGGCAGAAGCCUUGGAUGGAGCCACCGCAGAAGCCUUUGGGAGAGCCACAGCAGAAGCCUUUGGGAAAGCCACCAGCCAAGCCUUCAGUAGAGCUUCGUGUGCCGAUAAAGAAAGAGCCUCUAGAUCAUCCAAUCAAGAUGGAGCCUGGUGUCAAGCGAGAGGCUGAGGCAGAAGAUGCGGUUCGUUGUCCAGGGUUUGCUGCUGCAGUGGAGUCUGAAGGUGGCUCCGAUGUCAAAGGAGUGGAGUCCCAAGCCCCGGAUGCUGUUCAGGGCAGCGAUAAUGGAGGUGAUCAUCGUUGCACUGACGAGCGAGAUGAUGGAAGAGAGAUGGAAAGACCUGCCCUCCUAAGCACAGCUGGUGUUGUGUCACCAGGUGAGCAGCUUCGUAAGCUCCUGCUGGACCACGGUACUUUCGACAAGAUCGAGGGAGUGCUGGAGAAGUGGCACGUGCAGAAAAAGAAGUCGGCAGAGACAGGAAAUGUCUAUGCACAGAUAGGCCACCAUAUAUGCCCUAGGCUGAGCAAGAAUUUGACCUCCUGCUUGGUGGAGAUGAACGAGUGCUACAAGAAGUUGACCGAGGUGCAGGCCGAUGCUGCAACCACCGACAAUGAGGCCAAUAUUGCCAGGCAAGGCAGUUAG